ACAACUAGUCGCUCGCCCUCCGCCACCUCUCCCACUCACUACGACUACGGCUUCAUCGCUCCCUCCUCUUCUCUUCCUCUGUAGGCCUCUCAACAGGUCCCCACUCCUCACUCGAACGGAUCCCAUCAAAUCUUUUUCCAGGAGGCCCUCGCCUCGCCGCUUCCCAUCUUCCGGCCGAGAGGCAGUCUGUCUGGGACUAAUCUGAACUGUCAAAUGUUCGUAGAGGAGGUCAAGAAGCCAAUAGAAAGCUUGAUCAGCCGCUCCCACUUAAGAUGACAGUAAUGAGUGGAGGGUCGUGGAAGAUUGCUAACUGGAAGGGCUUGUCGUUUGUACACAUGGAAGCUUGCGGCAAUCAUAACAACCAUCCAAAAUGCACCAUUAUGCUAUGGAUGCUAGCGAUAGUCAAUCUCUGGAUAAUGUGCAGCAGCAGUACCCAAAAGCAAGUUCUCCUGCCUGGUUUCCAUGGCUCGGAAAUGGAUUACAUUGAUAACAAUGGGAUCUUUCUUCUCUCCAAUGGCUCCACCUUUGGCUUUGGUUUUGUGACCAGCAUUGUGUCAGACAGCACAUCCUACCUGCUUGCGGUCGUCCACCUGGCCACCACUUCUAUUGUCUGGUCUGCUAAUGCUAACUCUCCAGUUUCCCAUUCAGACAACUUUGUGUUUGACAAGGAUGGGAAUGCCUACCUGCAAUCUGGAGGCUCCACUGUUUGGACUGCCAAUAUCUCCGGCAAUGCGGCCACCUCUAUGCAGCUACUGGACUCUGGCAAUCUUUUAGUGCUUGGAAAGGAAAGCUCUUCUCCUCUGUGGCAGAGUUUCAGCUAUCCAACGGAUACACUUCUGUCUGGCCAGAGCUUCAUCGACGGGAUGAAACUGGCGAGCCAUUCCAAUACACAAAACAUGACCUAUACACUACAGAUCAAAUCGGGCGACAUGAUAUUGUAUGCGGGCUUACAGACACCCCAGUCAUACUGGUCUGCGCUGCAGGAUAACAGGACGAUCUUCAACAAGAAUGGCAAUAACAUGUACUCUGCAAACCUCAGUUCACGUUCCUGGUCGUUCUAUGAUCAAUCGGGGCUACUUCUAUCACAGCUUGUCAUUGCACAGCAGGGCGAUGCUAACACCACACUGGCUGCUGUCCUCGGUAAUGAUGGGUUAAUUGUCUUCUAUAUGCUGCAGAGUGGGAAUGGCAGGAGUACUCUCCUCAUCACAAUUCCACAGGACUCAUGUGACAUGCCUGCCCACUGCAAGCCAUACUCCAUUUGCAACAGUGGGACGGGGUGCCAGUGCCCUUCAUCCCUUAGCUCCUAUGCGAACUGCAACCCUGGUGUCAUAUCACCGUGCAACUCGAAGGACAAGUUUCAGCUAGCUCAACUGGAAAGUGGUGUUGGGUAUGUCGGCACUAGCUUCACCUCGCCUGUGGCCAAGACAAACCUCACAGGAUGCCAGAUUGCUUGCAUGGGUAACUGCUCAUGCGUUGCAGUUUUCUUUGACCAAACUUCAGGCAGUUGCUUCCUUUUCAACCAGAUAGGUAGCUUGCAACAGAAAGAUGGAGGUACGAGUGGUUUUGCAUCUUUCAUCAAGGUAUCAAGCAGUUACCGUGGCUCAGGUCAAGGUGGGAGUGACAGUGGCAGUGGUAGGCUCACCAUCAUUAUUGUUGUCAUCGUAGUUGGAACUUUGGCCAUCAUAGGGGUCCUUGUGUAUGUUGGUUUCUGCAUUUACCGAAGGAGGAGAUGCCAUCCACCCUCGCAAGGUUCAUCAGAAGAUGAUGGCUUCCUACAAACGAUACCAGGAGCGCCGAUGCGGCUCACUUACAGGGAUCUCCAGGAUGCAACAAAUAACUUCUCAAGCAAGCUUGGCCAGGGAGGGUUUGGAUCCGUGUAUCUUGGUAAGCUGCCAGAUGGCAGUCGCAUUGCUGUAAAGAAGCUGGAGGGCAUAGGUCAAGGGAAGAAAGAAUUCCGUUCUGAGGUGACCAUCAUUGGCAGCAUCCACCACAUCCAUCUUGUCAAACUCCGAUGCUUUUGUGCUGAGGGCACACACAGGCUUCUUGCAUACGAGUACAUGGCAAAAGGAUCGCUGGAUAGGUGGAUUUUCAAAAAUAAUGAGAAUUCGUCCCUGCUGGACUGGGACACAAGGUUUAACAUUGCACUUGGAAUGGCAAAGGGAUUGGCAUACCUCCAUCAGGACUGUGAGUCAAAGAUCAUUCACUGUGAUAUCAAGCCCGAGAAUGUUCUACUUGAUGAGAACUUCCAUGCAAAGGUGUCUGACUUUGGCCUUGCCAAGUUGAUGACCAGGGAGCAGAGCCAUGUUUUCACGACCCUCAGAGGCACGCGGGGCUACCUUGCACCUGAAUGGAUCACCAACUACGCUAUCUCAGAGAAGAGCGAUGUGUACAGCUACGGGAUGGUUCUGCUUGAGAUAAUCAGCGGGAGGAAGAACUUUGAUCCUGUGGAAACCUCGGAGAAAGCUCACUUCCCCUCGUACGCUUUCAAGAAACUGGAAGAAGGCGAUCUUCGGGAUAUCUAUGAUGUCAAGCUAAAAUACAAUGACAAGGAUGAUCGAGUUGAGACCGCAAUCAAGGUUGCCCUGUGGUGCAUUCAUGAGGAUUUCUAUCAGAGACCAUCCAUGUCGAAGGUCGUCCAAAUGCUGGAAGGCGUGUGUGACGUGCCCCAGCCACCGGUGUCUUCACAAAUUGGACACCGGCUCUACGCAAAUGCCUUCAAAUCGAGUAGCGAAGAGGGCACGUCGUCUGGGAUGUCAGACUACAACAGUGAUGCUUUACUUUCUGCUGUGCGGCUCUCUGGCCCCAGAUGAUAUGAAUUAUAUGUGCAUUGCUGUGUUUUAGUUAGGAUAAUGUUCAAUUUUGGGGGAAGGUCCAUUGAUUUGGUGUUCAUCUGUUCAUGGUCAUGUACAUAUCGGUUGUUGAUAAUUUGAGGUGUUAGUUCCACAUUAUGGAAAAUCUAUACUUCUAUAAAAUGAACGAGUUAUGAUUAAUUUAAAUAAUUUUUUUGUCUUA